UUACGAUAGAACCGAACACGUCAGCUACGCGGAGCGGCUUAAUUGACAAAUAUUUUGUUUUGGUUAUAUCAAAUCAGUUAGAUCCAAUUGCAACACCUAAACGCUUGUCAAGUGAUUUCAAAGUAUUCAACAGCUGUUACAACUAGCGCUGCCAACAAAAUGGUACUUAUAGCUGCGGCAGUCUGCACAAAGAAUGGCAAAGUCAUAUUGUCACGUCAGUUCGUGGAGAUGACGAAGGCGCGAAUUGAGGGCUUGUUGGCUGCUUUUCCGAAGCUCAUGACAGCUGGCAAGCAGCACACGUAUGUGGAAACGGAUUCGGUGCGGUAUGUGUACCAGCCCAUGGAGAAGCUCUACAUGCUGUUGAUCACUACAAAGGCCAGUAACAUACUUGAGGAUUUGGAAACAUUGCGUCUGUUCUCCAAAGUGAUUCCAGAGUACAGCCAUUCUCUGGACGAGAAAGAGAUUGUGGAGAAUGCCUUCAACUUAAUCUUUGCCUUUGAUGAAAUUGUAGCGCUCGGCUAUAGAGAGAGCGUUAAUCUGGCGCAGAUUAAGACCUUUGUCGAAAUGGACUCGCAUGAGGAGAAGGUUUAUCAGGCGGUGCGACAGACACAGGAGCGUGAGGCGCGUCAGAAGAUGCGCGAGAAGGCCAAGGAGCUGCAGCGCCAGCGCAUGGAGCUCACCAAGCGUGGCGGUCCCUCCAUGAGUGGAAUGGGCGGACGCAGCGGUGGUUUCAGUACUGAUAGUUAUGGCAGUAGCGGCAUUAGCAGCAGCGACUCCGCUAGUGGUGCACUUGGUGCGCCUUCCAUUGAGCAUGACCACAAGCCAAUGUCCAGCAAGGGACCACAAAAGCCCGUGUCGCGCAAUGCGCUUAAGCUGGGCGGAAAGUCCAAGGACGUGGACAGCUUUGUGGAUCAGCUGAAGAGCGAAGGCGAGAAGAUUGCCAAUUUGGCGCCAGCUAUAGCUGCUGGUGGCAAUAGUGCGGCUGCCAGCGCCAGUGCUGCAGCCAAAGCAAAAAUCUCAGCAGAUAUACAUACAGAGAGCGUGCAUCUUAAAAUGGAGGACAAGCUGGUUGUGCGUUUGGGUCGCGAUGGUGGUGUGCAACAGUUCGAGCUAUCUGGUUUGCUUACGUUGCGCAUUACGGAUGAGAAGCUGGGCUUCAUCAAGGUGCAGCUUGCGAACAAUGAUACGCAAGGCAUACAGCUGCAAACGCAUCCCAAUGUGGACAAGGAGCUGUUCAAGUCACGCGCCAUUAUUGGCCUCAAGAAUCCAGCCAAGCCAUUCCCACUCAAUACCGAUGUGGGUGUGCUCAAGUGGCGCUUCGUAUCACAGGAUGAGUCAGCUAUACCAUUGACCAUUAACUGCUGGCCCUCAGACAAUGGUGAAGGUGGUUGCGAUGUCAACAUUGAGUACGAAUUAGAAGCACAACAUCUGGAGCUACAAGAUGUUACCAUUCUCAUACCAUUGCCCGUCAAUGUGCAACCCUCUGUGGCCGAGUAUGAUGGCACCUAUAACUAUGAUGCACGCAAGCAUGUGCUGCAGUGGCAUAUUCCUAUCAUUGAUGCGGCCAACAAGUCCGGCUCCAUGGAGUUUAGUUGCAAUGCCUCAAUACCUGGCGAUUUCUUCCCCUUGCAAGUCAUGUUCAUCUCCAAAACUCCCUAUGCUGCCAUUAGCGCUGUGGAUGUGGUCCAGGUGGACAAUAACGAUUCCGUUAAGUUUUCAAACGAAACUAUACUCUUUGUGGAGAAAUAUGAAAUCGUUUAAUUGCCAAUACACGUACAGAGAGAGAGUAACACACACACAUACACACACACUCGUACACACGUCGUAGUAGUAUACCUAGUAUCAAUACCAAUACUUACCUUUAUAUUUUUGAGCGAGUUUUUCGCCUUAUGUAUGAUUAUAUAAAUGUUAGAGCUAUGUUUACACAUGCAUAUUAUAUAUACACACGCGUUGAGAGAAACCAGCUAAACGUACAUAUUAUAUGCAUAUACAUAUACACGCGCUUCAAGCCACAAUUGAAUUGGGCUAGCAGCAAAUUCCAUAAGGCGUGUGUUCUCCACAAUUAUCAUUUCCUAGGGUAUUUAACAUACACGCAAUACACAUGUAUAUUUGAUUAUUUUCAAAUUCAUUUCGUUUGCUGCGCCUACGCAGGCUCAAAAACAAAUUGUAAUAAAAUAUAUGUCAUCAAUAACUGUAU